UGUUCAAUCACAUCACUUGCAUUUCUAUAUAAAACAUUAAAAAUUCAAAACCAAAAUAAAUCUUGUAUUAAUUUUACAAUAUUUGCAUACGAUUCUCACACAAAAUUUUAUAAUGAUACAAUGCACGAGCUCAUUAAAGAAAAAAAUAUACGGAGAAAGUUAAAACUGAUUCAAAAAAUUGCACUCGAAAAAGGGAUCGACGAAGUUUUAAUUAAAGACUUUAAUUAUAUUUGUUCGAGUGGAGAGACUAAAGAAACACAUUUUUGUACGGGGUUUAAAAAGAAAAUAAUAAUAUCAGUGGGAGUAGCAUUAAUAUCAGUGUUGUUAGUAAGUUUGGGAGUGGAUUAUUUAUUAAGUGCAAGGUGUCUGUUACCUAUUAAUCACUUGGUGUGGGAAGCGACGCGUCCUCUCGCUGAUUGUAGCUAUUGUGCGAAUGUUACGAAACCGAUUAUACUGCAGAACGUUACGCGCCAAAGUUUUCGGAGAUAUGCAUACUCAUCAAAACCCAUCAUAGUAAAACAUGCCAUAAGCCAUUGGAGAGCUAUCAAAGAAUUUAAUUUUCACAUGUUCAAAAAGUUGUAUGAAAAAACUUCUGGCAGCUAUGAGAGUCUUGAAGAAGGGUGCCAGUUUUUAAACUUUAAAACUGAUCUUUUUACACUGAAGGAAGUGUUUGAAAUGCCAGCUGCUAGGAUUCGGAAUGAGCCUGGCCAAGACCCUUGGUAUGUUGGUUGGGGUAAUUGUCAUCCAGAUAUUUUGACAAAGAUCAGAAGAUAUUAUGCAGUACCAGAGUUUCUCCCAGAGGAUGCAGAAUUCCCGGCAACUGAAAAUCUGUUCUUUGGAUAUGAAAUGGGAGCUGUUAUGCAUUUAGACUAUAUCCCAAGACUGAUGUGGCAAGGUCAGGUUAAAGGCAACAAGACUUGGACUGUAGUACCAGUGCCAGAAUGUGAACAUGUUUGCAACAAAUUCCAAUACUAUGUUGAGCCAGGAGAUGUGGUACUCUUAGACACCAGACUCUGGUAUCAUGCAACAAGUAUACCUAAAGGACAAUUUUCUUUAACAGUGCAGUCUGAAUAUGGAUGAUGUUUGACACCCACAGUUUAAUAUUAAACAAAUCAGUAUUAUUUACACAUAUCGAAUGCCAAAAAUAUUUUAACUUUAUGACUAUUUAAGGUGCCAUUUUAUUCUAGUUUGACUAUUUAUAUUUAUUAUUUAUAUUAGUGUUAAGUAUACUCUUUAU